ACUUGUACCAAAUCUCGAAACCAUGAGGUUGUUCGUGAAGCCUACUCUGUAUGGAGUAUGUAGGGAGGUAUGUGGAAGACGUCAACACAGGGGACGAAGAACGCGUCAAAAGAAAACGGACUGUCUGACAAAGAUGUCUAUCCCCGUAUCGGCCCCAUCUUUCCGUUAAAUUCACCCGCACGGUGACCGUCAGACAAAAAUCAAUCAUUCUGUCUCCCCAACGUCAAACAACACCACCCCGGUCAAUGAUAGCAAGGCAUCUACGGAGAAAACCACUGUGCUGUUCCCAAAUAAGGAGUUGUUGUUUUUUUUUUCAUUUCGUUCCCCUUGCCACACUCCCUCCCUACCAAUACAUACAUGACGGAUCACAAACUGGUCAAGAUCCAACGCCUCAUUUCUUAUUCUUCUGGACUCUCUCUGGCACUGUCCCUGCUCCCUUCCAAACACCAUCACCAUGUCCCAUUCACCUUCAGCGUCUGUCUGGUCCCCAUCACCACAAACACCACCCAAACCCUACCCCCAAUUCAUACUCUUCGGAGACUCCAUCACUCAAAUGAGCACCGCGGGGCUCCUCUGCCCCUUGUCCGAACGAUACAACCGACGCAUGGACGUCCUCAACCGGGGCAUGUCGGGGUACACGUCCCGGAUGGGUCUGGACGUGUUGAGGCAUUGGUUCCCAUCACGACCCCCGUCCGACAACCUCACUCCCCAAGUGAAGUUGAUGACCUUGUUCUUUGGGGCCAACGAUGCCACCUUGCCCGGUUGCCCUCAACACGUCCCGCUGCACGCCUACACGGGUUACCUCCGAGACAUCGUCAACCACCCGGGGAUCGCCUCCCACGACACCAAAAUCAUCCUCGUCACCCCUCCGCCCGUGGACGAGUGGCAGCUCGGCGACCAAGAGCGAACGGCCUCCAACACCCGAGCCUACGCCGCCGCCUGUCGACAACUCGGUCGCGAUUUGGGUCUCCCCACGCUCGACCUGUGGACCAUGUUCAUGACCAAAGCCGGCUGGCGAGAGGACGACGACGAUCGCCAAAAAAAGCCCCUGAUAGGGAGCAAAGCCGCGCCUCGCAACCAGGUCCUCGCCGACCUCUUGUCGGAUGGGUUGCAUUUCACCCCGGCGGCUUACCAGAUCGUGUUUGAUGCCCUGCUCGAGCUCAUCCAAACCCACCUGCCCGACUAUGUGCCCGACAAAUUGCCCUUUGUCUAUCCGGACUGGAAGGACCAGCUUGGAGUGGUUUCCGCUUUACCCUAAUCCAUAGAACCCGUAGUCUAAAAAUAUCUAAGUCUACAUGUAGGUGCGAACGAGAUUUCGUCGACUCCCAGACCACACAUAGCUCGUCUGCAGAACGACAACUUUGAUACGAUCCAGACAGAAUCUAUUUUGAACAUGGUAACUAUGAUUUGGUUACGAGAAUAGAGUCCCGACGAGCAUGUAUAAGAACACAGGGACCAUGGCGUAAUUGAUAUUAACACAUGUAAGCUUAGGCUCUACGCUACAAAUACGUUACGUGGGAAGUUUCCGGAUUGAAAA